AUGCAGGCAAGCAACUUUGGGAGCGGGCGGGGCGGCAGCUUUGGAGCGCCGCCGGCGUGGACGCCGCCGUCGCCGCUGGAGAAGGCGUACUACGACACGCUCUUCGUCCUCGCCGACGACGAGAAGGCCGGCGCGAUCGGCGGGCGCAGCGCCGUGACAUUCUUCUCCAAGUCAGGGCUCGACAAGACGGUGCUGCGCGAGAUUUGGACGAUUGCUGACGCGCGCCAGACGAGCCAGCUCCUCAUUGGCGAUUUUUACGUGGCCAUGCGCCUGAUUGCCAUGGCGCAGCAAGGGCAGCCGGCGACCCACCAGCGCUUUGUCGAGCUCGCGCAGACGCCGUUCACGGUCGCGAUUCUUCAAGGCGUCCCUCCCCCCGCCAUGCCCGCGCCGCCGUCCGCCGGACCCUCGUACGCGAUUCUCGAAGACGAAAAGGCCAAGUACAAUGGCAUCUUUCGGCAGUACGACACGGACGGCGACGGCUAUAUCCAGGGCCACGAAGCCGCGGCGCUCUUUCAAAUGUCGGGCUUGGACCGCGAGCGCUUGCGCACUGUGUGGACGUUGGCCGACCGAACGUCGGACGGACGCUUGGACGUGACGGAAUUUUACAUUGCGAUGCAUUUGAUUGUGUGCGUCACAAAGCGCGAUCUGCCGCUGCCGUCCUCGAUUCCGUACGACAUGGAGCAGUCGUUGCAGUCGAGUGCCAAUUUCACCAACCCGACGGCCCCGCGUACCAACAGCUUUGCGCUUCCGGACGGUGGGCACCAGCCGCCGCCACGCACCAAUAGCUUUGGACAACAUGCCGCGCCAAGCGGCUUUGGUAGCAACUCGACGCCAAGCGGCCUCUCGAUGCAGCAGACGCCAGGCCGCACCAACAGCUUUGGCCAGCAGCCGUCUCCUGGUGGCUUUGGCCAGCCGUCUCCGGGUGGCGUUAUCCAGCCGCCGUCCCAAGGAAGCUUUGGCGCUCUGACGCCAGGCCGCACCAAUAGCUUUGGGCAGCAGCCGUCCACUGCCGGCUUUAGCCAGCCCUCCCAAGGCAGCUUUGGUAGCCACCCAUCGCCGGCGCCCGCCAUGGACAUGGGAUUUGAUGCCUUUGAUGCGCUGGCUCCCACGGUCGCCGAGCCAUCGCCGCUGACGGACGUCGGUCCAACGCCCGAUCACCAUGUCGCGAGUUUGGGCCCCAAUGCGCCCGCACCCAUGAGCGUCAGCAUGCCACCAAACGACGCCUUUGGCGGGUUUGGAGCGCCGCCACCGAUGCCGUCGACGGCGUCGCGCACCAAUAGCUUUGGCAGCAACCCUCGCCCCGUUGUACCAUCCAACUUUGGAAGCCAUUCGGGCAGUCACUUUGGCAGCAACUCGCGCCCGCCGCCGUCCCCCGCGCCGUCGGCAUCGUCGAUGACGUCGACGACCACGCCGUCGACGUUUGGUGGCGGCCUUACGUCUGGCUUUGGCAGCAACUCGGGUGGCUUUGGCAGCAACUCUGGUGGUUUUGGCAGCCACUCGCGCCCGCCACCGUCGCCCGCGCCAUCAGCUACCUCGGUGACCUCGACCCCAUCGGGGUUUGGUAGCAACUCUGGCGUGUCUACCGGGUUUUCAAGUCCGAUGCCGGCACCAACAGGCUUUGGCAGCAACUCUAGUGGCAACGUGAACGACCACUUUGGCGAUAGCUUUGGCGGCAGCGCGCACCCUCUGCCGUCGCCCGCGCCAUCGGCGUCGUCCGUCACCUCGGCUUCGACGUCGCACUUUGCAAGCAAUUCUGGUUUUACUUCAGGCAUGCCCUCGAGUGACUCGUCCCUUGCACCCACGGGCUUUGGAAGCCACUCUCGGCCAACUGCCGAAGCGCCUGCACCCUCGCACUUCGGCAGUAGCUCCCAGUUGCCCGACUUUAGCGACUUCCACGCUGUGCCCACAAAUGCUCCGACUCCGGACGCCACCUCGACGGAUGCUGGUUUUGGUGCCUUUGACCAGGUCCCAUCGGCGUCGCCGUCAUCGUUUGGAUUCCCAUCGCCGACGCCCGACACGGUGCCAGCCGCUAGCACGUUUGAAGCGUUUCCGGUACCAAGCAGCACCUUUGGCGACUUUGGCUCGCCGCUGUCCCGUCAACCGUCGAUCGUAGCCGAGCCAACACGCCGGGCGUCGCAGCCAUCGACGUCGUUGCCGGUGGACACUGGCUUAUCCAGUCCGAGUCUGGACGAUCAAUUUAGCGGACUCUCGCUCUCGACAUCGGCAUCGACUGCGUUUUCCACCGCGCCGCAGCCACCCACCGGCGUCUCGGCAACGGCGUUGGCCAGUGCGUCGGCUCUGGACGCAUCGAACCACGCGCUGCAAUCCAACUUGGCAGCGCUGUCUCAACAGCAGGCGCUUUUGAGCAUGGUCGUCCGCAUCCAAGCCCUCGUGGCCGAGCUGUUGCAGCUGACGAUGGCGCGCAACGAGCGCAAGAAGGGCCCGGACCCGGUCGUCGCCGCGUCGCUCCAGCAGCUCAUUGAUGACGAGCGCGCGCUCAUUCGCAACACGUCGGCGGCGCUCGAGCAACUCGAAGCCAAGCAAACGUCGACCAAGCCGCACGAUCCGUUUUCAUUUUCGUCGCCUUAA